CUGUGUUGCAACAGCAGAUGUCUGACCACGUCUCUCGACCUGUUUUCUAUUUCUAGAAACAUACAGACCACCAAUUAUUAGCUAGAAAAAUGGCUUCUCUGGCCUCAGGUGUAAAACAAAAAACAGUUUCUUAACUUGGCGUGCUUUGUCUCAUCUGUUAGAAGACAUUCUCCCAGAAUGUUUGUUGCUUGUCAACAAGCAUUUUGGUAAAUUUCUGAUAAAUUUUUUGUUUUUCUGUCCGUCAGAAGUGGAAAUCUAGGUUUUCUUCUAUUUAAAAAAUAUGAUUAAUGGAGUCAGAAAGUGAUGUAAAAAAGUAAAAAAGAAAGACAUCAAACAGUGCAAACUCAUGGUUUUUAAUGUCAGAGCAGAUGGACUGAGUGUCUUUCACACCUGGCUGCUGCUGUCCUUCAGCCAUCGGUCGACUGGCGAACGAAACCUGUGCCCUUACCUUCAGCACCAGACAAGAUUAAAGGGAUGAACAGAGAGAAAAACUGAUAGUCAUCCUCAAUAAAUCCUCCCACACAGUCUGCAGAACAACAAAAAGCACUCAGUGAGUCUGGAAGCUUUAACUCCAUGACGGUAAGGCGAAAUGAGGAGGGAGCUCCUUUUUCCAGUUCACAUUACAGGACUUUAGUCCUGAAUAAACACUGUUUUAAUUACUUAUUUCAGUUUGAUUCAGAGAAAGUCAUUUACUUGUGCUUUGUUGAUGCAACACAGUUAAUUGUUUGUACAGCUGACAGUCAGAGGAAACCUUUAUGUGGGAUAAAUGGUUUGAAAAAAAUAAAAGCUUUUUUAAAUAAAGAUGCUCCAAUCAGAAUCGGCUAAAAAAGGGUGGGGAGCUCACAGGAGAUGAUGAUGUCAGCGUGUUAGGAUGAAACAUCAGACAGACUAGUUGACACACACACACACACACAACACAAGAGGCUUGCUCUCAUCAUCGUUCAGCAGAUCCCGAGGGAAUCACACACAAACCGCCGGCGCUCAGGGAGAGGACUCUCAUCGUCCAGUUGAUGUGCGUUUUUUACUUCUACAGUCCGAGGGCAUUCUGUUUGUAAUAAUGCAUGGUGACUUACCUCUUGUUGGAGUCCUGAUCUUAACACCUGAGGUAAAGUUUGUCAUGUUUUCAGUCAAAUUUUUGUUUUUCAUAUGAGAAAAAUGAAAUUGUGAUAAAUCAAGUCCCAUCCUACGUGCACUCAAUUGCUUGUUCUGUGUCGUUGCAGAGUUUUCCAACUAAAGGAGAAUGUUUGGUCUGCGUGUGCGGCAGCGGUCAGAUGUGUCAUACAGAGUAGAGUGAGGGUGUGAGCUGGCAGCACUGGCAGCAGAGGUGCAUCUUUUGUGGUUUUGCUGUGCGGCUGCUCUGCUCAUGGCUCAGAGGGCUGCAGGCGGCUGCUGCCGCAGGACACCCCUGAACGAAGACAAUGCUCGUUUCUGCCUCCUGGCUGGCCUCAUCCUGCUCUACUUGCUGUGCGGGGCUGCCAUCUUCUCAGCGUUGGAACACCCCUCUGAGCUCCGUGCUCGCAUCAUCUGGAAACAGCAGCUGGACAACUUCACCAGGCGACACAGGGUCAACUUGGGCGCCCUGCACACUCUGCUGCGGCAGUAUGAGGAGGCAAACGGAGCUGGGAUCAGGGUUGAUGCACUGAGGCCACGCUGGGACUUUUCCGGAGCUUUCUACUUUGUGGGCACCGUGGUUUCAACAAUUGGUUUUGGCAUGACCACACCAGCGACCAUAGCAGGAAAAAUAUUCCUAAUUUUUUAUGGUCUUGUUGGCUGUGCUUCCACCAUCCUCUUCUUCAACCUGUUCCUGGAACGGAUCAUCACCAUGCUAGCAUACAUCAUGCGCUGGUGCCAUGAGCGUAGGCUGAGGUGUGGUGGAGUGGGGGUGAUGUCCAGUGGAAAGGAGGCACGAGAAGAGGAGGACAGCCUGGAAGGCUGGAAACCUUCAGUCUACUACGUGAUGUUGAUCCUGGGACUGGCAUCUGUUGUGAUUGCGUGCAGCGCCUCCACCCUGUACAGCUCCAUGGAGAACUGGAGCUACGUGGACUCUCUGUACUUCUGCUUCGUGGCCUUCAGCACCAUCGGUUUUGGGGACUUGGUGAGCAGUCAGAGAGAGCAGUAUGAAUCUCAAGGGGCUUAUCGACUUGGAAACUGCCUUUUUAUCCUAAUGGGAGUUUGUUGUAUCUACUCGCUUUUUAAUGUCAUUUCUAUCAUCAUCAAGCAAAUUCUCAACUGGAUCCUGGGUAAGCUGGUCUGCUCAGGACAACAUCAGCUCUGUUCCUGCUCGACACGAAGCUGCUGGUGGCUCUGCUGCCCCUGCCUCCAGAGCAAGAAUCCCAACCAGAGGCGUUCAGCGGCACGCCUCAGACCAAAACGCAUGAAAUGCAACACGGUGCAGCCCGUCUCAUCCCAGUACCCUGCAGGCAGGCACCGCUACACUGACGGCUCAGUGGAGACCGUCUGCGACAGUGAGAUGGAUGGUGCAGGAGCUGAAGUGCACAUGGAUCGCCGUCUAUCAGGAGAAAUGAUCUCUGUUAAUGAGUUCAUGGUGUCCAAUAAGGUGUCUCUGGCACUGCUGCAGAAGCAGCUGAGUGAAACUGCUCACCAGGGCCCACGACAGAGCCAUGGCCACCAAAACGGUUUCUCUGGUGGGGUGGGGGCCUUGGCCAUCAUGAACAAUCGCUUACAGGAGACCAGCGUGGAUAGAUAGCACCAGAACUAUACAUCAGUUCUUGUGCUGAUUACUUUGGUCUAUCUCAAGCCUCAAUGCAGCAUGUAUCUUUUUUAGAAAAACCAUUUGCCUUCUUUCAAUGACAAAACCCCCCCAAAAUGUUUAGAGCAGAAUAAUUUUUUGUGACUUAUACUUUUUUUUAUACUUGUGACUUUUUUGUCACAAGUGUCUUUAGUCCUCAGCAGAUGCCCAACACAUACUCUGCAGAGUAAAUAACCAGAUUGUUUGGUUCUGAGAGUUGACAAAGGGAUAAAUUUAGCUGAACAGACUUUUAUGGUCUUACUGAAGAGGGGUCUCAUGUCCUUAAGUAACAGACUCAUACCAGAGCAAUCAGACGAAAGAAGCAGUGAAGAACCACUUAAAGAAGACUGCUGAUUUGAGAGAGCUGCACAUGUGGCUGAGCAUCCUCCACAGUCAGGGUUGAGUUGGGUCAGAGUCGAUACUGAUGAUCAUUCAAACACAACAUCUAAUUAACUAAGAUAUUUAAAAUGUGAUCUGUUGCUAAACAAAACUCUAACAAGCACCAGGAAGCAACUCAGAGACAGUUUUACCUACAGAUUACCCAUAAAAUCCAAACUCAUCAUUUCAUGUCGUUGAAAUUCAUCAUCAUCUUAAAAGACUUCCAAGGCGUUUACUGGAAGAAAUCUAAUCAAACGCAGCAUCAAGAGGACACUCUUCUGAUAGGACAUGAUUUUGUGCCGCUGUUAGGGAUCAUUGUAGCACGCCACUCCAUCAUAUAGGUGAAACUCGAACAAUUAGAAUAUCAUGCAAAGUUAAUUUAUUUCAGUAAAAGGAGCCAAAGCCAAGUAUAUGGAUGAUUCAUCCAUCCAUCUAUCCAUCCAUUCAUUUUCUGAACCCGCUUUGUCCACACAGGGUCG